AUGAGCAGCGACUUCGACGACUGCGGCAGACACGCCGCCGCCGCCGCUUCCUCCUCCGGCAUGUAUCUGCCGGGCUGCGCCGCCGCCGCCGCCUACUACGUGUCGCCCUCGGACUUCCCCAACAAGGCGCCGCCGCCGCCGUUCCUGCCGCAGUCGCCCUCCUGCCAGGUGGCCUUCCCCUACGCCUCCAGCCUGCCGCCCGCCCGCGACGUGGCGGCCUUCCGGGACUAUGGGGGCGGCGGCGGGGGGGCCGGCAAGUGGCCCUACAGAGGGGCCCCCUACGCGCCCUCCGCCUACUACGAGGAGGUGAUGGCCGGCCGGGACUUCCUGUCGCCGCCCGCCCGCCGCCCCGACGUGCUCUUCAAGGGCGAGCCCGGCUGCGGCGCCCACCCCGGGGCAGCCGCCGCCGCCGCCGCUGCGGCCGCUGCCGCCUCCUCCUUCUACAACGCGGUGGGGAGGAACGGGAUUCUCCCGCAGGGCUUCGACCAGUUCUACGAGACAGGCCACGCCGCAGCCGCCGGGGCGGAGCAGGCGGGCCCGGAGCCCGGAGACCUCAAGCCCCCCAGCGGCACUUGUGGCAAAGCCUCGCCCCUCCCCGGCCCGGAGAAGAAGCAGGCCCCUCCCGCAGCCGCCGCCGGCCCGGGCAGCGCCGAGUCCCCCGCCGGGGCGGAGAAGAGCAGCAAUGCUUCAGCAGUUCCUCAACGCUCCCGGAAAAAGCGAUGCCCUUACACCAAGUACCAAAUCCGGGAACUCGAACGGGAGUUUUUCUUCAACGUGUACAUUAACAAAGAGAAAAGACUCCAGUUGUCCAGGAUGUUGAACUUGACGGAUCGACAAGUGAAAAUAUGGUUCCAAAACCGAAGGAUGAAAGAAAAGAAACUGAACAGAGACCGACUGCAGUAUUUCACUGGGAAUCCCUUGUUUUGAGAGAACGAACUUGGGG